AUCGCAUGUGAUUUACAAAUACAUUGCGGCAUUAGGUCGAUCGAUUGAAUUCAUUGUUUCUGCUGACUACUGGCUACAGCAAUCACCUAAAAUCGCAUGCCAUUUGUAGCAACGUCUGUAGAAGCCUUUCCUGCACCCUACAAAGUGAUUAAAAAAAACAUAGUCGUAGCAUUAAAAUGCGUCAUAAAUGGCAGUUUGGCCAUACAACCUUAGUCUAUUAUUUUCAACAAGACAAAAUAAAGCGCGUUCGAAAUUUGAAUUAAACAUGUUUAUGCUUUGAUUUUCGAGCUUUUCGGCGCAAUGUGAAUGUUGCUCUAAGGUUAAUUAUUAACGAAAAUGGACGAAUUUAUUCAAGAUUCAAGUUUAUUUGAAGAUAUUUAUAGUCAAUAUGAUGAGAAGAAUGACUUUGACAAGUGUGUCGAAAAAUAUCAAAAUGAUUUGUCGUCAAAUACGAAUAAAACAAAAGUAACUUUGGCGAAAGAUAAUCUAAAACAAAGCAAUUGCGAAACAAAUGUUGCACCUCAAGCAAAAAUCGUACCGGUUUUCGGUAGAAAACGAAAUAAACCCAAUGAUGAACAGAAGAAGCCAAAAAAGUUUAUCGUACCAACGAAAAGUAACGUCGAUUCUCAAAUGGAAAAUGGUUUAAACAAAACAGAAAAUGAAGAUUUAAAACAGGACGCCCAAAAUAUUAUUGAAACUACUGAAAAUUACACAAAUUCUCAAAAAUCUUUAAAGGAUAAUGUUAAUUUUGGCGCCACAGCUUUACCAUCGUGCGAUCAUACAAAUAUAGAUGUUUAUCAUAAUGAUUCUAAUGUUAUUCAAUCUCAGUGUUCGACCAAUAUUUUUAAUUCUCAAUAUUUGGUGGUUUCAGACAAUAAAAAAACCAAGCCUGUUCGAAAAGCUUCAAAUUUAGGGGGUUUUAUUUUAAAUUCAAUCAAUCUGCUCAAUGACGAAGAGAUACUCUCUCAAAAUUCUACUCAAGAGAGCUUUCAUUCUGAGAAAUCCUUAACUUUCCUAUCGCGUAACAAUUCCAUAUGUUCCGUAGUGUCUUUAGGCAAAACUUACAAAGAUAUGGAUAUCAAGAGUUUCACAGAAAAUCCUCAACAAUUAGUAACAAUGAACAUAGAGCAUAAAAUACCUGAUCAAGACGAAUUUAUCAAACUUUUUGUCACACAAAAUACUCAAAAUAAACGAAAUAAUGUUGUUAUGAGCACUGAGUUUGGUGAUAUGGGUUUCAACGUAUUCUUUGCUAACCAUAUUAAAGAAUUUGGCAAUGAUAUGUUCAUUUGCGACCAACUAAAAUAUUCUAAAAUACAAAAUGAUAGUGCAGUUACGCGUGAUAUGAUUUUGAAAAUGUAUGAAGAAGAAAAUUCACUGUUAUUAAAUAAGAUGAAAAAGUGAAACAGCUUAGUUUAUUUACAUGUAUAAUUAAUUAUUAUAAUACCUUAAUGGAAUAUUGUAAGAAGAUAAUAAACUAUAGAUUAUU